UUGUAUUUUGUGGAGUAUUUGUGUGAAACUCAAUACCGGCAAUGAGUUACUGUCCAAAAGUGUUCAGCUUUUUUGGUCGUUUUCGCAACGCUAGGUUACGCCACGCUUUAGUUGUCUUACUUGUGGUGGUAAGCGGUUGGUUGGUCCAUCGCGUUAGUAGAAUGCGUCAACAUAAAAGGGAUACAGAAGUUAUGACAUGCAAAGCUAUUCAUAUCCCUGAGAAUGAGAAGUCUGUUGCUUGUACUAAGCAUAGGGAGUAUGGGUCUGUUUGUACCUAUACCUGCUUAGAAGGGUAUAAACUACGCGGAUCUGUAUGCAGGCGUUGCCAAUCUAAUGGACAUUGGUCUGGAUUUGAUUCAGAGUGUGUGUUGGAAAAUGGAUGCUUACAUACAAGUGGUAAGCGGGUACGAACUCUUGUUACAAAGCGUCACCAUAUUUCAACGCAACGUGAUUGUUGCCCUGCAGGUUACGACGGGAAGCCGUAUGAUCCGUUACGUCAUGCCUGUUGCCAUAGUGGUAGAAUGGGGUGGAUAACACCAAGGGUUGAUCGGAUGUCACGUGAAUGUGAUUGUUGUUCUGCUCACGCUGAUUCGUGUUGGACAUGUUGUGAUGAGCAGCUACCUUCGCAUCAAGAUGAAAAAACACAAGAUGAACAACAAAAAUCAAUAUUAAUUCGUUUUAAGAUUGUGGGCGGACAGCCAGCGAGUGCAAAAUACCGACGAUCCAAUGCUUACGUUUAUUAUACAAAGAGUGAAUGGACGAGGGAUCCAAUACCUGGUUUCCCACCAACAUGCGGUGGGGUGAUUAUUCACGAACGCUGGGUGCUUACUGCUCGACAUUGUGUGCUAGAGAGAUUUUGUGCAUCCAAGUCUGUCGAUUUAAACAUUUUGAAAGUUGCUGUUGGGAGACAUUUCAGUUCAUUAUCGGUUGAAGGCGAUGGGCAAGUUCGAUCCGUGGAUUUGGUCGUUUGUCAUCCACAUUAUUGUAAUAAUAGGAGGAAACCAGAUCUUAAUGACAUUGCUCUACUGCGGUUAGCUGAUGCUGUUGAUUUGUCAAGCGGUGACGUCGCGCUUGCGUCACUUCCAAAACAAGGAGAAAACACAAGAUCAACAUCAUGUACCCUUACCGGCUGGGGUAUAAGCGGACGAGUAGGGGUCUACCAAUUUCCAGACUACCAGCGAUGGAUUAAGGCUUACCAAAAUGUAACGCCACCAGUCCUACAAGAAGUUCGAGUUCCUGUCGUCCAUAAUCGACGUUGCCCAGGUCGUAUCCGAUCUUGUCAUUUAUGCGCUGGUUCAUUAGGUGUUGAUGGUUGCAGUUCAGAUAGUGGGAGUCCGUUGUAUUGUUCCAAUGGCCUGCAUAAGGAUAAUGACGAAGUACAUGGAAUAUUUAACGCUGGAAACUGUGGUUCUUACCGUAAUAUGCCGUCUGUUUAUGCAAGGGUGUCAUUCUAUCGAGACUGGAUUGAUGACACCAUAGCAACAAUAACGACAUAGGUAAUCUAUUUUUUUGUGUAGAAUUUAUUGGCCUAUUUCGUUUUAACUGCGUAUGGAUGUUUCCUACUGCAUAUGAUAUUCAAGUAAAAACUAACCUGUGUGCA